AUGGGCGACGAAGAAAACUCUGGAUCGGGAACUAUCUACUCCCGCAACAAGGAGGACACGCUCGAGGCCGAGACCCUCCUCUGGCGCGCCAUGUGCGACUCCAAGCCAAAGCACCUCAAGAAGUACCUCGACAAGGAGGCUGUUCUCGCCCACCCUGGCUUCAAGCCCUACUCUCCGAAAUCCAAGCCGACCCUACAGGAGUUCCUCGACGAGGACUGGGAGCCCUGGACGGCCUACAAGAUGCACGACGACCCCGAGUUCGUCGAAAUCGACGUCAUGAGCUCCAGCCUCGUCUACCGCGUCACCGCCUGGCGCCAGAAGGGCAACAAGCUGGUCGCGACCGAGGGCAUCUGUAACAGCGUCUGGAAGCAGGAGCCCGGCGGCGAGUGGACUUGCUGCUGCCACCACAUGAGCACUGUUUAA